UGAACUUGGAACCCUCCUCAAUGGAAGAGAACUACCCCGAUCUGUCGCAAAGUCCACUCUGUCCACCCAAUCACCACCACACAUUGACAUUUCCUCCUCAUCUCAACUCCUCAUCGCCUCGCAACUUACAAGUCACAUCUCCCCCGACCGGGUCAACUGAACCCAAACCCUGCGUCUCGGACCCUUACUUCCACCGCAAAAUCUCCGCUCGACGUGGGUCGUGUAGCCACUGAUGGUCAACUAUCCGGUUCUGAGUUGCAAUGAUGUGUGUGUAUGCGCGCGCACAGUUCGGACUUCUCCCUGUUCGGGAUCAGAUCUACAAACGCACUUCCGUCUGAUACCACAUCGCAUGUGAAUCCAUAAAAUGGGAUAGCACAUUUGCCUCUCACA